AAAUAUGUUUGCAUAAUUUACAUAUAUUUAUGUAAUGUUUAUAUACAUUAUAAUAUAUUUAUGUACAAUAUAUUUUUGUACAUGUGUAAAGUGGUUCAAACAUAUACAACUACAAGUUACACCUAUUAAUAGUUACAUUUUUUGGAGCCGAAUGCAUUUGUUUGAAUAGGUUAUGUUUACUUGCCACUGAAACCUCUCGUGCAACUUGAAGUAUAAGUAAAUAAUUAGUAGAAUUCUAUGAAUUAAUUUUAAUGAGAUAUAGUUUGUACAAAGAAACAUCAUGAGUAAUAACGAUAUUGAUAAAGGAAUAAUUACUUAUAUUUAUUUAGAAAAUUUUGUGACUUAUGAUAAAGUUUGUGUAAAACCUGGUAGGAACUUAAAUGUUAUUAUUGGCCCUAAUGGCACUGGUAAAUCGACAAUUGUUUGUGCGAUUGUGCUUGGAUUGGGAGGUAAACCUACCACCAUUGGUCGAGCUAUUCAUGUUGCGGAUUAUAUAAAAAGAGGAUGUGAUGAAGCAAAGAUUGAAAUUCAUCUUAAAAAUGGGAAAGGCAACGAUAUUGUUAUUCGAAGAAUAUUUAACAAAUGCGGGAAAUCUUUCUGGUUCCUUGAUAAUAGACAAACAGGUAUUAAAGAAAUACAGGAAUUAACAACAAGUCUUAACAUACAGAUAGAUAAUCUUUGCCAAUUUCUCCCACAAGAUAAAGUACAAGAUUUUUCAAAGAUGAAUGCACAAGAAUUGUUAGAAAAUACAGAAAGAUCUGUUUGUAAUCCCAUUAUAGUCGAACGUCACAAAAACUUGAUACAAUAUAGGAUAGAUCAUAAGGAUUUAGAGAAACAAAUUGAAAGUAAAAAAAAGUCACUAGAAUCGAAAAUUCAGAUUUACGAUAGUUUAAAAGAAAGUGUCAGUAGUAUAAAAGAAAAGAAAUUAAUAAAGGAGAAAAUUUUACGUUUGAAACAGAAGAAAGCAUGGAUACUAUAUGAACAAAGACGUAAAGAACUAGUUAAGUUAAAAGACAUGAAGAAUGCUGCACAAACUGAAGUGGCACAUUUAGAAGCGGAAAUAAAGCCUGUUAAUGACGCAAUAACACAAAUUAAGUCAGAAAUUCAAUCGCUUCAAACUUGUCUUUCAGACCAUAAAAAUAAAGUCAAGAUCAAAGAUAUGAAACUGAAGAAAAUGAUGGACAAUAUUGUAGACUACGAAAAUGAUGUUAAAGAUUGCGAAAAUUCAUGCAAGCAAAGAAUUCAAAUAGAAGAGGCUCGAGAUCACGACAUUGAUAUUGCACAGAAACAAAAAAAAAAACUUGAUAACGAUUUAUUACUAAUGUUGAAAGAUAUUGGAUCUGAGGAAAUUUUAGUGAAACAGCGCCAAGAAAUAAUAUCCGACAUAGAAAAGAAAAGGAAUAUCAUUAAUAUGUUAGUAGGCCAAGCUUCAGAAUCAAAACAAAAAGAAGACCAGCUAAACCUUGAAAUUGCAUCUCAAGAAGCAGAACUACAAGCUCUUAAUAUUGAAGCAAAACGAUUACAAUUGUUAAGGGAGAGAAGUGUUGAUACAUAUAAAGCAGUGCAGUGGCUGAGGGAAAAUCGUAACAAAUUUUCAAAUAUGAUACAUGAACCUAUAUUACUUAAUAUGAACGUGAAGGAAGCUUCUUACGCAAAGUAUUUGGAAAAUAUCAUUCCAUUUCGGGACAUGAUAGCAUUUGUUUGUGAAGAUAAACAAGAUAUGAAUAUGUUAUUGCAUUACUUAAGGGACGAGCACAAUUUACAAGUAAACGUUGUACAUUCCGAUCCUGCGAAAGAUGUUUCUAUGAAUCCAAUUGUUCCAUUGCAACACAUUAAACAAUUUGGCUUUACUCAUUACUUAGUAUCGCUGAUUGAAGCUCCGAGCACCAUUAUGAAAUAUUUAGUGUCUAUGUAUAAUUUAAACAAUAUACCCAUAGGAAAAAAUCAAGUUGAUGAUAACAUCGAUCGUAUACCUAACAAUAUACGUUGUUACUUUAGUCAAAAUAAUGUAUAUAUGGUAAAUAGAUCUAAGUACACUGGAGAAAAAUCUAUCGGAAUGCAACCAGUAUCGGGUACAGGAAUGUUAUCUAUUGUGUUAGAUAGAUCAAGAAUGUUAAACAUUGAAGAAAAAUUGAAAGUAUUACGAGAGAAGAAAAACAAGGAAAGUAAUAAACUUAAACAGCUUGAUGAGCAAGUACAUGAACAAAAUAAAGAGUUAGAUAAAAUAAAAGCUACCAGAAACAAAUAUCAGCAAGAUCUUCAACAAAUACAAACUCUGAAAUCUAAAAUAUAUAUAGUGGAGAAAAAAGUUGUAGAUUUACAAAAUGGGCGAACCACUGUUGAAGAAAUAAAAAAAUCUUCUACUAAAGAAAUAAAGAAAAUUAUGGAGAAGCAAAUAAAAAUAUAUAAAGCAUACAAUACUGAAUUAGUAGAGUCUGUUGAAUGCAUUAUGGACAGUGAGACAACCGACUAUGUAUUAACAUUGCGUAAUCGAUCUUUGAGAAUGAAAAUAAACAAUUCUCACGAUUUAAGAGAGCGACUCAAGGAAGCAGAAGAUAAAGUGAAGCAAUUAUGCCAGGAAUUACAACCUCUGAAGUACGAAGUACAAAGAAUAUUUAAUCAAGCAUUGCAAACUACCAAUGGUAUCAGUGCCUCGGACGGUGCGUUUGCACCCAUAAAAAAGAUAUUCAAUAAAUUGCCGCCGACCAUAGAGGAAAUUAAUAAUGAAUUGAAUAUCGCGCAAGCAAAAAUGUUUUGUAUGGGAAAUAAUAUAGACGGAGAAAAUAUAUUACAAGAAUAUGAGCAAGUAGAACAAGAUAUAAACCAAUUAAAAGAUUCGAUUCAGAGUAAAACACAAGAAUUACAAAAAACUACACAAAAUAUAGAAUCGUUACGAAAAGAAUGGUUAACGCCUUUAUCACAAACCAUUGAAAAAAUUAAUUCUAAUUUCAGUAUGUAUUUCUCAGCAAUGGAUUGUGCUGGUGAAGUUGUAUUGGCACAACCAGAGAAUCGUAUGGAAUUUGAUCAGUAUGGUCUUAAGAUUAGGGUAAAAUUCAGAAAUACCGACCAAUUACAAGAAUUAACAAGAUAUCAUCAAAGUGGUGGAGAAAGAGCUGUAACUACUGCUAUUUAUAUGAUUGCACUUCAGGAAUUGUCAAGAGUACCAUUUCGCUGUGUUGAUGAAAUUAAUCAGGGCAUGGAUGCUGUAAAUGAAAGAAGAGUAUUUAAUUUGCUUGUGAAAAUGACUGGACGAGCAAAUAGUUCUCAGUAUUUUUUACUCACACCAAAGUUACUACCGGAUUUACAAUAUUCAGAGACAGUGACGGUCCAUUGUGUGUUCAAUGGAGCGUUCAUGAUUAAUCAUACAGAAUUUGAUACAGAAAAGUAUUGUGAGUUCAUUGUUGGGGCAAUGGAAAGAGAAUGUACGGAUGACGAUUGACGAUUAAAAUAUUUUGUUAUGUCUAAAUACUACAUAUAUUAUAAUGUUUACAUUGAAAAUGUAGUUACACAGAGUAUUAUAGAUAUAUUUUUCCGAAUA